GACACAAUCAUAGUAGGCUUUUUUUUUUCAUUCAAACGUCAAUUUUUAUUUAAAAACAACAAAGGACACAUCAAAAUAUACAUUUUUUAACUCAAAAUUAUCGAAACAUGUCAAAUUGUCAAGAUAAUUUGUCAUUAUAUUAUUCUGCAGUGGAAUGUUACGAAGAAGUAGAAGAUCUGUUUUAUAAGGAAAAAAUUGAUUAUUCAAAAGUGAAAAACGGUUUGAAAAACUGUCGUCUCAAAAUCGAGCAAAUUCUUUUAUGCGAGAAUAAUAACUGCACUUUUCUGGUAGAUUUACUUCAAUUAAAAAACCAUGUAUCUGAUUUGAUAACACUUUUAGAUAAUGAUAAAAAUAUUUCAAUUAAUAAGUUUAAUAAUAAUAAUAUUAAUAAUAAGCCCUACAACAAAACAAAUAAAGAAAAUCAGGAUUCACAAAAAUUAAUAGAAUCUACUAUCGAAGCACCUAGAAUAAAGGGCUUAGAUGAAGUUGCUGGAUUAUGGGAAAUCAAAAAAAUAUUGAAAAGCCUCAUAAUUCUUCCUAAAAAUCAACCUCAGUUGUUCUCUUAUAAAAAAACUGUUAAUAGUAUCUUGUUAUUUGGCCCCCCUGGUACUGGAAAAACUCAACUAGUACACGCUUUGUCUUAUGAGGCCGGAGCACUGCUGUUUUCAGUAACUGUGUCUAAUAUUCUAUCACCUUUCGUUGGACAAUCAGAAAAAAAUAUAAAAUUUCUGUUCGAUUAUAUAAGAAACAAAGAUAGUUUUUGUUUAUUAUUUAUUGACGAAGUGGACGGAUUCUGUCGAAAAAGAUCAGAUUCCGAACAAGAAUUUUCCAGAAGAAUAAAAACAGAAUUACUAUGCCAAUUAAAUAAAAUGGAAUCGUAUCCUAAUUUCUUUUUAAUAGCAGCUACCAAUUGCCCUUGGGAUUUGGAUCCUGCCUUCCUCAGAAGGUUUCAAAAACGUUUAUACAUCCCGUUACCAAAUUACACCGAAAGAAGAAGUCUGUUCAAACUGUUUACAAAUAAUACUCAAUUAGAGGAAUUCUUCAAUAGUUGGGAACAUUUGAUUGCCAAAACAGAAGGGUUCUCCGGAUCAGACAUAUGUGAUCUGAUACAACAGGCUAUAAUGUAUCCCAUAAUGGAACUGGAUGAUAUAAAAAUAUGGAAAAGUUGCCCGGAUGGAUUUUAUGAACCUCUAACUUGUAACGAUAAGUUUGAUAUAGACGAGAUAGUUACCUGUGAGCUCAAAGAUUUACCUCGGUGUUCAGUAAGAGCUAGAAAGGUCCAAUACAUUGAUUUAAUAAAUGCGUUAGAUUCUAUUAAAGUUACUGUUACCAAAGAAGAUAUCGAGAAAUUUGAUAAGUUUAAUAAUAAAAUUUAAUUUCAAUAUCUUGUAAUUAUUAAUUUGUUCAUUGGUUCAAGUUUAAAGUGUAGUAUAAUUAAUAUAUUUUUGUUUAGA